AUGAUUUGUAAUAAUGAAUAUAUAUUAAUAAGCGCAAAUAAUUAUUUAUAUUUGUUUAAUGGAAAUUUAAAACUUAUUCGAUCUAAUAAUAAUAAAAAAAUUCUUAAAGAUGAUCUUAAAGAUUUAUGUUGGUCUUCUUAUUUAAAUAAUUUUAUAAUAUUAACAAAAAAAGAUAUUUAUUUAAUAAAUCCAUUAACAAUUAAAUUUUCAAUUAUUGAAAAUAUUAAAUUAAAAGAUCAUCGAGAAGAAUAUAUAUCAUGUACUUGUUCACAAGAUAAAAUUUAUAUAAUUAAAUAUCAAUUAAAUACAAAUUCAUAUUAUCUUGAAGAAUAUUCUUUACCAACAUUUCGUUUUUCAAGAAAAUUUCAAAUUCUUGAUUUAAUUGGAACUUCAUUAUGUAUUAAAAAUGGUUUUUAUAAUCAAUUUUAUAAUAUACAACAAAUUAUUUCAAUUCGAUAUUAUGAAGAAAAACUUAUUAUUAUUAUUAAAAUUGAUUUCAAUUGGUUUAUUUAUAUAUUUCAUUUAUAUGAUAAACCAACUUUUUUAACUAAAAUAUAUUUAGAAGAUAAAUCUCGAAUGACUAUUUUAAAUUCAAUAAAUCAAUUUGUUAUUGUUAAAGAUUAUUUAUCAAAUUCAUUUAUUAAAAUGACAAUGGAUUUUGAAAAUAACUUUGAAACAAAUCAAUUUAAUCAAAAUAACAAUUAUUCAAAAGGAUUUAUUGAUUUUAAUGGAAAAUUACGUAAUGUUUCUUCAUUUGGAACAUCAAAUAUUGUUUUUCUUAUUGAUGAUGCUCUUCUCAUUUAUAAAUUAUAA